ACUCAACACAGUUCGGUAUAAAAUGAAGAAAAUGUUCCUAAUUUAAACUAUUUAUUUAUAAUGCGUUAAUAUUUAAGUUAUUUUUUUUGAACCAAAUGUUUGUUAAUACGCGUAGUGAAUUGUGAUUGUUGCACAGAAAUGAAGCGCUCCAUAUUAUUUGUUACUAUAUAUAUUUUAAUCGAUUGCGGGUAUUUAACCGAUGGUAGCAUUAUGUCAAUGAUAGAUUUUCGUUACUGGAGAUGCGUUAUGAAAAGGGAAUGGAAAUGUCCGGAUAGUGAAAUAAACUUCUAUUUAUACACUCCGGAACGGCCAUACAAGCAAUGGGUGGAUGUACGGCGUGUGAACAAACUACCUCACUAUGGUUGGAAGCUGUCCAGGAAAAACGUCCUCAUAAUACAUGGGUUUAACGGGACACAUAGCAAAACGCCCAUGACGUUCCUGAGGGAUGCAUAUCUAUCUCGAAAAGACUACAACGUGUUUAUGGUCGAUUGGUCCCCACUCACGAGAUUCCCUUGUUACCUCUCUGCGCUAUCAAAUACGAAACUGGCAGCACAAUGCACGGCACAGUUGUAUUCUCAUUUAACACAAGCCGGUGCUUUGGCAAGAAAUAUCACGUGCGUCGGACACUCUUUAGGGGCACACGUCUGCGGUAUGAUGUCAAAUCAUCUCACAGAGAAGCAAUAUAAAAUUGUUGGUCUUGACCCCGCUAGACCUCUGGUUGCCGAGUACGGUUCAAGAUUAUUUCGUCUCGGCAGAGAAGACGCUUAUGUAGUCCAAGUGGUUCACACAAACGCUGGGUUUUUAGGAGAAAGUGGCCUUAUAGGACACGCUGAUUUUUGUGUCAACGGUGGCAGGUUGCAACCAGGUUGCAAAGGUCAUUUGAUGAGGGUAGCCAGAUGCAGUCAUUUCAUGAGCGCUUGUUAUUUCUCUGCGAGUGUCAGUAAAAGGUUGCGCAUCGUGGGAGUCCCUUGUGACUCUUCUUGUCCGAAACAGGAUCGUUGGGGAAUUCGCCCUGGAGGACGACCCUUGAAGCUUGGAGACGAUGUUCCUGACACAGCCCGCGGUAUGUACUGCGUGAGUUUGGACCAUCAACAGAACUGUCCGUUCGAUUGAAUUAAAAUAUAUUUAUUUGUGUAUAGUAUAAAGUGUUUGGUUUUAAAUAAAUUAUUUAUUUAUUGAA